AUGACCCACUGCUGCUCCCCUUGCUGCCAGCCCACCUGCUGCAGGACCACAUGCUGCAGGACCAAUUGCUUCCAGCCCACCUGCUGUGAGUCCAGCUGCUGCCAGCCCUGCUGCCGCCCAACUUGCUGUCCAACCACCUGCUGCAGGACUGCCUGCUGGAAGCCCACCUGUGUGACCACCUGCUGCAGCACACCCUGCUGCCAGCCCACCUGCUGUGUGUCCAGCUGCUGCCAGCCCUGCUGCCGCCCCAGUUGUUGCAGCUCAUCCUGCUGCCAGCCCAGCUGCUGUGGGUCCAGCUGGUCCAGCUGCUGCCAACCCAGCUGCUGUACCCCUGUGUACUGCAGAAGAACCUGCUACCACCCCACGUGUGUCUGCCUGCCUGGCUGCCUAGGCCAGAGCUGCGGAUCCAGCUGCUGCCAGCCCUGUUGCUGCCCUGCCUGCUGUGUGUCCAGCUGCUGCCAGCCUUCCUGCUGCUGA